AUGGGUGCGCGAGUGGUGGUGGUUGCCUUAGUGUGGCUGGCCGCGCAGACGCAGGGUAGCCGCAUCGUGGGCGGCGAGGUGGCCGACAUCACGGACUUCCCUUUCCUCGUGUCGCUGCAGAGGCGCAAGACGGGGCACAGCUGCGUGGCCAACAUCGUCACGUACAGCUGGCUGGUCACCGCGGCGCACUGCGUCUUCUCGGCAAUCCCCAGCCACCCGAGCGACUACACCGUCCUCGCCGGCGUCACCAACCUCACUUACGAUGACAACAUGGAGGCGCAACGCGGCUGGCCGAACCUGUUCGUGGUCCACCCCCUGGUCCGCGUCGGAGCCACGUAUGACUAUGACCUGGCGAUGAUCCGGCUGCAGUCUCCACUGAGGGAGGGCCCCCGCGUCCACACCGUGCCACUGCCGCACGACAUCAUGUCCCUGAAGCUCCUGCACACUGAAAACUGCACCGUGGCUGGCUGGGGCAACACCGAGAAGGUUGACGCGCGCCGGAAAGACCGGAUGCUGAUGAAGGUGGACCUGCAGCUGGUGGACACGGAGGAGUGUUCGGAGAAGCUGCAUCGCCAGCUGCGCGAGAACACCCACAUCUGCACGUACACCAUCGACAAGGACGCCUGCCAGGGCGACUCGGGCGCCGCGCUCAUAUGCCACGGUGUCCAGGUGGGCGUGGUGUCGUGGGGCGUCGGCUGCGCCAGCGAGUUCCCGGGCGUGUACGCGCGCCUCGACACGCAGCUGCCGUGGGUGCUGCAGGUGAUCGCCGACGCGCCGCCGCAGCUGCCCAGCGCCGCAGUGUGCGCCGCCUGCUCGCUGGCUGCGGGCCGGCAGCAGCGGGUCGGCGUACGGCAGAAGCCUGCAGGAGUUGUCCGGCGCGUAAGCCGGCGCGAGGCCGCCGAGUUCAAUCAGACGCGGCCGGCAGCACCCCCAGCCAGCGCCCCUUCUUUUUAUACUUUUUCCCCCUCCUUUUCUCCUCCCCCUCCUUCCGCCGGGAAGACCUUGCGGGUCGCGUCCAGUAUCCCCAUCCUGCCCCCCACCCCCCCACCCCCUCCACCCCCGCCCACGCCGGCGCUAUCAGCCGCAGCCAGCGUCUUAUUACCGCAGAAGACGGCGGCGAUCCCGAUGAAAUACGGCCACCGCCGGGGAUGGGAAAAUACUAAAAAAUACUGCCGGGCCCCGGGGGGUGGCGUGGGGGGCAAUAUGGAGAUAACAAGCCGCCACCAGACGGCCCGCCAUCUUCUUUUAGUGCCGCCGCGCCGGAGCCAAGAUGGCGGCGCCCGGCGGGGACAUAAGGCGGGGCUGCGCCGCCCCCGCACGCCUCCGCCGCCCCCGCGGGCGAACCGUUCGCCGCGCUUUACGAGCGCCGACGUCUUAAAAAGAGCAUCAGCGGCGGGCGCGCGGUUUCCGAGAUAG